AUGGCACAGGACAGUCAGCAUGUCCAUGAGCGAUGCACUCUUGCUCUGCCAGGGGCUGCAAACGAUUUGUCAUCACUGAUUUGCGAUCUCAGCGUGUCGAUGAUGUGCAGCAGCUGUCUGGCCACAGGCUGCUGCGGCGUGCAGGACAAUGGCCCUGGCAAUGCUCACCGGCAGCAUGCUACGGUUGCCCCUCCAGGCGACCCCUGCCCCGCCUAUCACAGCGACCCCUCCUGGGAGCAUUUCGCCCGGACAAGAGUGUUCCGGCAGCUCGUCGAGCUCCCUCCGGUCGACGUUUUGUUCUUUUUAUUUUAUUUGGAUAUCGAAUACAACCGCUACAAUUAA